AUGAGCAACAACGGUCAUCGUACGAUGAACACUUCUCUCCAAAAUCUUUACGAUGACUUUUUCAGAGAUAUUGACUCCAAUUCUCCAUUACGUAGAAUGAUUCCGUCACCGGUUCGAACCUCUACUCGAAAUUAUUCCAUGUUGCCGUCAUCACGAUAUUCGGAUUAUCAUUCGAGUGCUCAGAAAAGUUCUAAAUUUCAAAUCAUGUAUGCACAACUACCUUUGGAAAUGCAUUAUCAUUUAAUGUCGUUUUUAGACGAAGCGUCAUUGAUGAAGAUGGCCAUGAGUGGAAAGUGUAUUUUGGCAUUGGUCACCUUGUUUAUGAUUGGCGGAGGAGGAAGUGAAAUGUCAAAAUUCAAAUCCAUUUAUUCCUAUGCAAGAACAAAUCCCAAUGAAAUGGAGUUUUACAAAAUUUCGAACAGUUCAUGUCAACAAUUGAAAACUCGAAUUUCCAAACGAUUGCUGUUGAUCAUGUUGCAGAAUUUGAAUGAUUUGGUUAAAAAAGAAAACAAAAAAUCCAAUACUGCUUCAAUUUCUUCAACCUCGAAUGCUAGCAGCUCUACCAUCCGCAACACGUACAGUAGCAGUAAUUUAACCAAGCAAUCACCAAGAGGAAGUCCUGCAAGAUUAGAAUCAGUGACGUCAUCAUCAACAUCAAAUCUGGAAAAAAAGUCAUCACUUACUAGAGUUCAUUCUGACUUUAAUGUCUACUUGUCGAAAUUUGAUUUGUCGAAUGACGUCAUGGACAACAACGAUGGAAUGAAUUUUCAAUGGAUGGAGGAAUUCAAAAUUCAACACUUUAUUUAUGACUUUAAUGCUCUUGAUUUACAGGAUUUGACAAGUGUCAUUUUGCUCGAUAGUUCUGUUAUGAACACUUUGAGGAAAACUCUCAUUUCCAUUGGCGCUUUCAAGAACAUUCAAGCCCUCUAUUUAACGGUCAAUGACACAAUUUCACUGGAUCUUUUAUUUCCCUAUGCUGUGAAAAGCUCAUCUGGAUUCUUUUCUAAAUUAAUGGGAGGUUCAUCUUCAGAGAUGUCUCCAGCGAUUGGUGUCGCUUCAAGUUCUGUCGAUUCACCACCCACUUCAUCCUCAACGUUGUUAACGACAACAACAAUUCAAGAUCCCACUCCUUCCUUAUUGAGUUUUGAGGAUUUACUUCCUAGAAUUAAGGUACUUCAACUCACAAAUUACAUUCCCAAGAAAAAGUAUGAAUUGAAUCAAUUAUUGAAACAAACAGUUUCACUCAUGAGUUUAGAGAUUGAAUUUCCACUUCGAUUUUUUGCUAAAAUUGAUCCUUUAAAGUCGAAUGAGCAUCUUUCGAAAAAUUUAACCAAUCUUUCCAUUGUCAAACCUCCACAAUUAUUCAUGUCAGAAUUGGAUCCAUUCCAAGAAUUUCCAAAACUCAAAACAUUUAAUUAUAUAAUUUUACCAGUGAUGGACAAUGCUGCUACAAAGAUGGUCUUGAUGAAUAUUCUUGAAGGAAAUGUUGCAAGCGCGAGUGGAUCGACCUCGAAAUUAACUGCAAAACUUUUGGAUUCCAUUUCUUCGUAUCACACGGUGAUUGAAAAUUUUGUGAAUCGACUCAAAAAUUCAAAGCUUGAAACGAUCAAUUUUGUACAGAGACCACCCAAUCAUUCCUCCCCAUCAGAAAUUACAGAAAAACUGUUUACCUAUUUACGAAAAACAGGAGAGCAAUCACCCAUCAUUUUGUUUCCCAUGUUAAAAGAGUUAACAACUAAUGAUUCUCCUUUCGAAGAUUUUAAACGCUAUUGUGAUUCGUGGAGUUUAUUACUUUCAGGAGGGCCUUUAACUCACCGAUUUCAUAUUGGCACUGAGAACACUUUAGAGGUUUUGACCUAUAUUGUUCUCAUGGAACAUUUGCCAUAUGGUUUAAUGAAACUUGUGAAACAUCAUUCCAAGUCGUUGCAAAAAAUUAUAUUGGAAGCUCAUACUCGGUGUGUCCUCGAUCAUGCGUUGUUAAGCGUAGAUUCAGGAUUUUCAAAUUUACAAUACUUGAGUGUAUCUUCGUUUACGGUGACAGAUAUUGUGAGUUUGUUGAAUCCUUUAUUGAGAAGUCCAAAGUUAAGACAUGUACAACUCAAGGGAAUGACUUUUCCAGCCUUGCAAGAGUUGGAUAAGAAAGCAAUCAAAAGUCAAUCAUGCAAUUCCUCUUCAUUGGAAACUUUAGAAAUUUCUGAUUCUAGCAUGUAUAUUCAAUUUUUAAUUUGUCUCAUUUAUCCAAUGAGAAAGUCUCUGACACAUUUAAAGAUUUCCAACUGUACCAUGUGUGGAAAUUCUCUAACACGAAGUGAUAUUUAUGGUUUAAUUGGUUUGACCGAAGAAGAAUCAAGCAACGAUGUGACACCAUCCAUUUCUGAGUUCACGCAUGUUGAUUGUAACACAUUGAUUCGAUUUUCCAAAAUUCAUACACUCCAAAUUGAAAAAUCUAGUUUAGGAUUCUGCCAUGAACUCUUUUCCGUAUUUUCCUUUCCAUGCAUUCAUUCAGUCAUCAUUGGACCUGAUAUGAAAUGCGAAAAAGAAUACAAUACUUUUCACAGUAUUGCUGCGCUUUCCACAUUUAUUAAGGGCUCAAGUGCAAUAUACAAUAAUAAUCAUCAUGAAAAAAGCUCAGAUAUUAAUGGAAGCAGCACAACUUCAACGACUGGAGAACUUUCAACAUCUCCAACCUCACCCACAUUAUUGAGAUCUAAUACUGCCAUGAUUGACACUUUUUUCAUUCCAUCUCUAGAAAAUUUUGCCAUUCUUCACAAUCGAUCUAAGGAUAGCAUGAAUGCAUCAUUUUUCAAUACUGAUUUGCUUCAAGAGAUUUUCAAAUAUCAUGCUCACUCAUUGACAUGCUUGAAAUUGAAUGCACCUGUAAAUAUAUCUGCAAACAUUUGGAAAGAAGUGUUCACACCAAGUAAGAGACUUUGUCACAAUUUAAAAACGCUACAUAUUUAUUCAUACAAAUUUUCGAAUGAAGAGAUUCAAGAUUUAUUGGAAUUUUUACGACAUUUUAACAAUCUUACAGAUUUAUAUAUUGAAUUAGAUGGGAAGAAUCCAAGCAAUGAAUUCUUUGAAAGACUUGAAGAAAAAUGCAUUAAUUUGGAACAUGUUGAAAUUCUUGGAAACGGAUCGAAUGAUGUCAGUUAUCAAAGUUUGCUCAACUUUGUCAUUCAACUUAAAAAUUUGCAAUCUCUCACUCUACAUUUUGAACCUCGAGUGACGAAUACCUUCACCGGAGUUUCUUCUAUUGAAGAUUUGAAAACUGUUUAUCAAUCACGAAUUCACAAAGCAUCUCCAAAAAUUAUUUUCCAAAAACCAGUAUCAACCCUAGCCAAAUAUCAACAAUGA